GUAAUAAAAAUAAAAAUAAAACAUCGCUUUGGCUGUAUGUCGAGAUACCUUUGCUUGUUCGUCUGACAAGUAGUAACCACGGAACCUCCCUAAUUUUAUUGAUUUUCUUGUCAGCCAUCAUUGACAGAUCAGAGACUGAGACACGAUACGAAAGGUCGACGGGAUGCAAAACUAACAACAGAGCAAAUUCCAUGUCUACAAUAAAUUAAACAUAAGAAUAGCAUAUACCGAGGAUAUUAGUAAUGCAUGUACAUGUACAGAAUGCUCUUAUAAAACUUAUUAUAGUAGCUAGGCUAGUUUGAAAAUAUAAAUAUGAUUUGUAUAAAUGUAAUACACAUACGUAGAAAGCUAUGCUGAAAUUGACAAAUAGUUUUUGCAGAUAUUUAGUGUUUAAAUGUGAAAAGGUUCACAAGGCUCAUGUGAGGAAUAUCUCACAUUUGAAUUACAAAAGGCAGCCAUGUGGUACCGAAUAUAUCAGUUUAAAAGUAACUGCACAGUUCCAUUCGACCCAACAGUUGCGACAACACGGCCAGAGGAAGAAGAGGCUGAAGAUUAAAAUUCCGCCAUUUGCUAAUGAGUCUCACGAAGUAAGACCAAUGAGUCAACCAAACAAGCCCUCGCGGCAGCACGCCAGCUGCGGUGGAGACUUCACUGUUUCCACAGACGGUGAAGAAGAUUGGUGGCAGUACACUAGGGAGGCGGGAUAUGCGGGCGAUGGUCGGCCUCACAAUAUUCCACCAGACUUCAGGGUAUGGGAGAUUUUAGGAGAAGGCCACGAUCCUAGAUAUGGGGCAACUUUCACCUUUAAAAUUCUCUCGUACAAUGUACUGGCGCAGUACUUAUUGGAAUCCCACCCGUACUUGUAUACUGAUUGUUCGCCUCGCGACCUGAAGUGGAAGAUGCGAGCCGCGCGCCUGUACGACGAGAUCACACGCAUGGCCCCAGACGUGAUAUGCCUGCAAGAAGUGCAAGUGUCACACAUCGACAGCUUUUACUCUAAAUUCGAAAAAAUUGGCUAUUUCGGCCUUUUUAAGCAGAAGACAGGCCACCGGCAGGAUGGAUGUGCUAUUUACUUUAAAACAUCGGUGUUUCAACUGACUGAUCACGUGCACGUUGAAUACUUCCAACCUAAUCUUCCGAUCUUGAACCGUGACAACAUCGGGCUCAUGGUGAAGCUGAUGCCCCAUGACCGUCCUUGCACCCCCAUCGUGGUGGCUACCACCCACCUGCUUUACAACCCUAAGAGGACCGACGUCCGCAUCGCACAGAUGCAGCUAUUCUUGGCAGAAAUUGAUCGUUUUGCUUACUUUAACAACGGGCGAGAAUGUGGCCACCUGCCCAUUAUACUGACUGGGGAUUUUAAUUCCACUCCUGAUAGCCCAGUAGUAAAGCUGUUAGAGAGAGGCCGCGUAAGCGUGGGCCAAUUCCGAGAUGGUUCGGAUUGGCGUCGAAUUGGCGUGACGGACAACUGUCAACAUCUGUCCGUUGUCCUGGACCGGCAGAUAAGGCGGUUCACUCAUUUUAAUGACACCCAGAUUUUCAACUCGACUUACUCCUUCUGCGCGAACCCGUGCCCCCGGCCACCGAUCCCCGUCGAACAGUACAGCGGGAUGUUCAACGCUGGAGUCAUUGGGCACUCCCUGAACCUCUGCUCCGUAUAUGAGCCUUACAUAGUGGACGGGAGACUUGGAGUAACCACGUUCCAGGACUAUUGGGUCAAUGUCGAUUAUAUCUAUUUCAGCCGUUUCAGCUGCCUGCACCUGAUCAAACGCCUGCGUUUGCCAAACGACGUUGACUGCGAGGUACUGGGCCGCCUGCCCAACCAGGUGUAUGGAUCAGAUCAUCUUGCCGUGGCCGCAAUCUUCGAACUUCGUCCUCCCAUCCAACAAUACCCUCCAAUGGCAUUAUAGAACCAGCAAUUCUGUGACACAGCUGGGCCUUCGACCUCGUUCGGUUAUCCACAACCAUGGUAUACCCAGUUCUAAAGGAGCUUGCCAAACGAAUUUUAAAUCUGUGUACUUUUUUCAUAUACAUGUUAGAUUUUAAGGGUUUGUACUGACAUUGACUGAUAAAACGACUUUGGUGCUGGGCGGUGACAAUUAUAACUGUAAUGUGAUAACUGGGUGAAGUACUACUAGGUAGUUGCCGCCAUUUUGUUUUGUUUGUUAUUGUCAGAGGGUGCUUGUGAAGGGAAAAUUUUAUUAGGAAUGUUGGUGAAAGCACCUGGUAGAUUGUAGUGCGGACCGUUGGUUGGCGGCCAAAUUUGAUAUGUCAAUCUUUUUAUAGAAUGAUGUCUUUGACGUAAAUUGGAAGACUAACGAUGUGCAAAGCAGGGACGGUCCGCUAGUCAUAGGUACAACAUAUAAUGAUAAUCAAUUUUUAAUAGUAUUACUAGAUCCAGACUUUUUAUAUUCUUGAUGUCUUUUUAAAUAAUUCCGUAGAUUUUUUGAAUAAUAAUAAUAAUUGUAAUUGGUGUCAAUUUUUAAAUAUUAUUAUGCCAUUAUAAAAAUAAAUGUGUAGUGUGAGUGUAGUGUAGUUUUGACAAUAGUCGAUGUAGUUUAAAAUAGUUCUUUGAUGGAUUCCACUUAGAUAUUAUUAUUGGAACUGCUAUUAUUUAUUGAUGGUUAGGCGUAGUAUUAUUAUAGUACAUUUCAGGUUUUAAAAUCGUUAAUUAAAAUUUUUGGUAAGGCAAGCUGCUGUGUCACAGAAUUGUAUUCAUUAAGUAGUCGUAACUAGUCGUCUGUAUUCAUUCAUAUUUAUAUGUAUCUGACUAUCUAUUUAACGAGGCUCAAGUUUUACUGUAGUCGAUUAGUAAUUAAAUUACAUGAUAAUAUUUAAUGCGAAAACAAAGAAUUUGGUAAAACAAUAAUUUUUGGAAAAUAUUUUGUGGUAAGACCUCGUGAGGACUUUCUGACUGGUAGCACUUGUCAUAUACGUGUACAUAUACAUGUAUAUGACUUGAAAUAUAUGUUAUAUGAUAUAUCAUAUAGCAUGUAGUAGGUAUUAGUAAAGAUGUGUGGUAGUAAUUGUCAAAUCUAUGUGAUAGCAUAACAUUUAGUUAAGAUUGACGAUGGACCCUACAUCUUUGUUGUACAUAUUUUACCAAAUCAAAUUAUUACUAUUAUCUACUGAUUUUUACCUACAUAAUAAAAAUAUUUCUUCUAUAAUAUUUAACAUUUUGACAUUAAAAUUAUAAUCGAUUUAAUACGAGCUAAUGGAAAGACAGCAAGGUCAUUUUAACUAUUUUGAAGUAGUAAAAAAAGAUGUUUUUGCACAAAAUGUUAACGAACAGGUGAUAAACCGACAUGUGUACCACGAGCAGAUUUGGGUGAAAUUUAGCGUGUAACGUUAUGUUUAUAAGUUAACGUGCGAUACGUAUAAGAAAAAGGGUGUAACCACUUUUUAGGUGACCUGUAUUCAUUGUGGAUUCAUGUCAGUAUAAACAAAUUACGAAUGGGGACUAUAAUUAUUAUAAUCGCUGUACAUAUUUUGUAUUACGUAGAUGCUUAUAUGUAGAUCGUGAUACUUGCGACUCAGUCCACAUAAUAAUAUUACUCGUUUCCUGCCGUUCUUUGCUAUGUAUGGUUGUAGAUUUUAAAUGGAUAAGCAAAUAUAAAAAUGCGCUUCAACUUCUGACAACAUAAAACCAUUGUUACCAUCCAGUGAACAGAUGUAGUCUGUCUCACAAGAGAGCAUCAUUCCACCUUUCAGAUUACCGUUGGAGCGCCUUAGAUGAUUACUUUAUAAAAACCAAAAAGUACUUAUCUUUUAAAUAUAAAGGUGAACAUAUCGUACACUCUCUUUGUAUUAAUAUUUAAAUAUGUGCUGACCUAAUUUUUAAAUGAUGGAAAAAUAUUUUGGAACUCUUUUUAACUGACUGUAAUAUUAAGUAUUCUAUUUUAGAGCAUAUCGAAUUAAACUCGCUUUUUAUAAUAUGUAUUCUUAACAUAUAUAUGCUUUUUAAUUCAUCAGUGUAGAUGGAACUAGAUGUAACAUAUUUAUGUAAAAAAAUAAUCGUUUGAUUGCCACUGUCCGAGCGUUAACGCGUCGGCGCGACGACCCUUUAUGCCAAGCCACAAAUUUCGGUCAAAAUUCGAAAUUUAGAUUCCAAAAUCUUAUUGAUAAAGUACUAAAUGAUCUUUACUUUCGAAGUAGACUGCCAAAAAGGCUCAAAAUUAUGAUAUUUUGGAUUUCUUGUCGGCUAUAGCUGAUCAGUGACUGGCGUAAGGGCAACUCGUUUUUCGGCUACAAAAGCCGCCCGUGGCUUUCAAAAGGUUAAUGUAAUGUGUAAUGACGAAACGAUGUAUCUUAAUUCUGUAUUUUCAAAUUAACAGAAUUUUUACUUGAUUUAUUAAUUUAUUAUAUCAGGUUUAAGACACUUGUUGGGACAACUAUUUGAAUAGGUAUUUUGUUUUGUUCAUAUCUUCAGGCAAAAGUUGUAUAUUUGAUUUUUAUUUUUGUUGACGUCGCGGAAAAUAAAUGUUUUUUUUA